CUGAGCAGGCUGGUAAUUGAAUGUAAUAGAAAUUCAAGGCACUUGACAUUAGCAAAUGUCACGAGAGCACACCUGCACAUCACCGGAAAUAGUUACAAUAUAAUAAUAUUUAGGAAAUAGUCUAUGGAAAAUGGAGAACAACCUGGAGGGGGGCUCGGAUUGGUUCAGUUUGAAGGAGAACUUCAAGCAGGAUGCCAAGCCCAAGAAGCUUCCAAAUGUCCUGGCUGAAAAUGUGUUUAAAACCGCAAAGAUUAGCCUGAUGCCUCAAUUUUUUCCACCACAGGCCUAUCGCUACAAGGACAUCUACUCCAACCGCAAGGAUCAGUUAAUCCAAAGAUGUAUCGAGCAGGAGCGCAAGCAGCGCGAAUUUCACAGCCGUCCUAUGCCCAAUUUCCGGCAGGUACACGAGCGCCAGGCCAUGCGGAUUGUGGAGCAUCGCAUUACCAUGCCAGUGACCCCCAAUGUGCUCCGGAAUUCCCAGGAGAUGGAGCUCAAGCGACGCCAAAAGGAGGCCCAACCCAUUUCGGUUAGUAGUCGUCAGCCUUUAAGGCCUGGAAAUCGUCAGGCGGCAAGCUCCAAGGUGAAGGUGGAACCAUUCAACCUUGUUGUCGAGCAGCGUGUCCAGCAGCGACGAGUCUUUAAUAUCCAAAACUCCCAUAUGCAGGAGAUGAAGCGUCGGGAGCUGGAGGAGCAGCGCCGGCAGGUGGAACGGGAGGCUUACCAAAGGCAGCGCCAGUUCACCACAUUUCGGGCACGACCCAACCCAUUUGCAGGCACCGCACGUUGACCGGCGGAGGAGAUGCCCUUCCUUCUUCCUUAAUAUCUUUCUUUUCG